AUGGAAGUAGAAACAAAUACAGAUAUGUCCUUUAUUCUUUAAAAACUGAAAAUAAAUUCAGAAAAGAAAUUUAAACAUUAGAGAAUAGGAUUAGAAAUUAAAUAAUCCAUUAAGUUUUAUUUGUCUCCUAAAAACAAAUAAAUUAAGACAUAAUAUAGUCACAUCUAUUAUAUGCGUUAUUUGAAUCUAGCCAAAAGAUUUUAGAUUGAUAGAGAAGAUUCUUAAUUUAUAGAGUUGAUUUAAAAGAUAUAAAACUAAUAAGGAACAAUAAAGGCUAUUGGAACUAUAUUCAAAGAAAUGAAAUUAAAACCAUAUUAUUUUUGUUAGAAUUAAAAUAAAUCAUUAUAAGGUAAGAUUAUAUACUUAUAUAUUUAAGAUUAUGUAUCUAAUGAGGAUGUAUGUUAUUUAGAAGAUAGAUCAGGAAGAAUUAAAUUAUAAAUAAAUAAUGCUCUACUCUGCUUACCUAAUAAGAAAGAUAAAAUAAUAAAUGUUUCUGAUUUGGUAACAGGAAUUACUUUGAUGAUUGAAGGAUAAAUUGUUGCAAAUAAUAUUGUAAAAGUUGAAAAAAUUUAUUUACCUACACUUCCAGAAACACCUAUGUUGAAGCAAUUAAACUCAACUUAAUAUCUCUGUUUAAUUUCUGGUUUAAAUUAUAAUGCUUUAGAAAGUACAACAAAAUAUAGACAUAUGAUUGAUUAUUUGUAAGGUAAUCUAUAUAGUGGUGAAGGAAGUGAAGUAAAAAUUCAAUAAAAUUAAUUUAGAUUCCUUAUUAAAUAUCUUAAGUAAUAUUUCUUGGAAAUUUAUAUUGUAAAUUAGAAGAGACAACAGAAUAAUAAAUAUUGUAAUAAGAUUUCAAAGGUUUGUAUAAUAAAUUAUAGUUAAAUAUAAAAGGAGUAGAUGAAUUAAUUAGUUAAUUAAUAUCAAUAACUCCAGUAGCAAUAAUGCCUGGAAUAAAUGAACCAGUUUCUUAAAUGUUACCUUAGACACCUUUACAUAAAUCACAUUUUCCAGAAACUUUUGAUAAAAGCAAUUAACUUGUGUUUUUAACAAAUCCAACAGAAUUUACUUUAGGAGAUAUAAAGAUUCUAGGAACAAGUGGAUAAAAUAUCUAAGAUAUUAAAAAAUAUUCUUUAGUAAAGAAUUAAGAAGAUGUAGAUAUAUUAGAAAUGACAUUAUUUUAUGGACAUAUUGCUCCAACUGCUCCAGAUACUUUAAUGUUUUAAAUUUAAUUAAAUUAUUUAGUUCAUUUCCAUAAUAAGAUUAAGAUCCAUUUGUUUUAUAAGAGUUACCUAACAUAUAUUUUGCAGGAAAUAUGUAAAAGUUUGGAACAAAGAUGGUUACUGAUAAUGUGAGGAUUGUUAGUGUACCAGCAUUUUCUGAAACUGGAACAAUCUGUUUAAUUAAUUUAAAUACAUUAGAAUGUUUUCCUGUUCAUAUAUAAUGA